AUGUCAUCCAAGACGCUUCCUGUCAUUAUCGUGGGUGGCGGCCCAGUUGGUUUAAUGGCUGCCCACAUCUUCAACAAACUUGGUCUAGAUUUUGUACUCCUCGAACAGUAUCACAGCGUGACCCCAAACAUUGGAGCAUGUAUCGGCAUGUGGGCACCUUCACUGCGAAUUCUUGAUCAACUAGGGCUGUGGGACGCAUUUGAUCCACAAGUAAAGCCAAUAUAUGGUUAUCAAACAUCAAUGUUCUGGCGGUACGAUAUUCUCAAAACUUUGUACGAUUCUUUGCCGGAACAGUCUAAGCAUCGGGUCUUGGUAAACAAGAAAGUCGUCGCUAUUGAUAUCAGAGAAGAAAGCGUCAGCGUCCGUUGUGAAGAUGGACAUGAGAUUGAAGGCUCAUUCAUCAUCGGGGCAGAUGGAUCGCAUAGCGCAGUGCGGGAAUGUACAAAAGAACUUGCUCGCAAGAGCUUUUCCGAAAACGAGCCCUUUGGGAAGAAUGAGGACUUCAAAACAACAUACCGACUCUUGUUUGGAAACUGUCCACGCAUUGGCGAUGCCAAGCCUGGCACCGUUUACGAGUGUCAUAGAUUCGGAAGCUCUACCCAGGUCUUUACAGGCGACGACAUAAUGUGGUUUUUCCUCUAUGAAAAGCUCGAUAAGCCCACGUCUGAGCACAAAUCAUAUGCGCAGAAGGAUGCCGAUGAAAUUGCCGCUCGCCAUGCGGACCAUCGUAUCACGAAAGGGCUCCAUCUUCGAGACUUGUACAAGGAGCGAGGUGCCUCAGGUGCAACUGAUCUCGAAGAAGGAAUUCUCGACAAAUGGUGGUGGAAACAUAUUGUUCUUGUCGGAGAUGCGGCACACAAAGUGACUCCCAAUGCUGGAUUGGGCUUCAACAGUGGCGUGCAGGAUUUGGCUGCGAUUGCAAAUGGCAUUCGAAGUCUUCAAAGCAAGGGGGGAAGUCUGCAUGACAACGAGGCCAUCGAAGCGAUCUUCUCCCAGUAUCAAAGCGAGAGAACGAAACUCAUGAAGAAAUUCGGCGAUCUCUCGGCCAAGACAACGCGCAUAUGCGCCUGGCACUCGCGCACUGCAAUGAUAUGGGAUCGCUACAUCAUGCCUGCACUCAACCUUGAGUUGAUCAUAAGCAGACUUUUGGUGGUGCCAAUGGUCAGCAGUUCCAUUGUCCUCGAUUGGCUGCCUGAACCGCAUUAUCGCUCCGGGUCAAUUGCUUGGAAAAAGGCUCCGAAUCUAAACCCUACUGAAGAGGCUUCUUAA